UAAGGGUGCGCUUUAGUUGUAGGCUAAGCGCCGCAGAUUUCGCGCGGGGCGGGUGUUGUCAUUAGAUUUUCACGUGACGAAAGUGAGUUUCCGUAAGAAAUUUGACAACGAAUCGUAUAAAAAUGCCGCCGAAAAAGCGGGAAAAAGAAGUGGACGGGCAGAAAGGUCCUCGAAUGGAUCAAAUUCAAGCAGACCAUGAGCUAUUUCUACAGGCCUUCGAAAAACCAACCCAGAUCUAUCGAUUUCUACGUACAAGAAACCAAAUUUCACCAAUAUUUCUAUAUAGAAACUUAACUUACAUGAGGCAACGUAUGUCCAGAAGCCAUAAAUCACGUCGGGGGUUUAAAAUUGACACGAUAUUGGAAAAAUUAAUGUCAAAAAAUAAUCAAGGAGAAAACCCAGGUGUUCGUGGAUACAUGACUCUUACUUUUCUAGGUUUUUAUGAUAAAAAAGUUGAAACGCCUCAAGAUCCUGUAAAAGUAGAAACAUUAUUAUUGAAAAUAUGCCACAAAAAAAGAAAAGAUGUGAGUUCACCAAUUAUGCAGGUUUCUGUUGGCACAAGUGAAGUUCCAAUCAAUCCUUGUGAAAAUCAACCUCCUCCAAAGGCACCUACCAUAUCUAUACCUAAUGAAUCUUUCAGUUUAAAUAAUGGUCAUGUAGCAAAAACUUAUAUGCUUUUACUUAGAGUAUAUUGUACGUCCAAUACUGGCUGCCUUAUGCAUAACUGUGAUUUAGAUGAACCAGCUCAAAAGCGUCGCAAAUCUUCUACGGGUUCAAUUAAAACUGGAGGAGAAGAAAUAAAGUUAUAUGGUUCUGAACUCAUAGUGUAUGAUAAACACAACCGAUGUUUGUUGACUGAUGGCGAUUAUGAACUAGGCUUACAAGAAGUACAAACCAAUAUUCGAUCUAGCCCAAAGAAGCACAGCUCUUGGGAGUCUGUACCUGACAUCAAGGAAUGUGGUCCUUUUGAGGUAUUCAGCAAAGGACCAACAUUAAAGUUUAGGCUUAAUUGGACGACUGAACCAAGUAACGGUUUAGUUGAUAGACCAACUCCAAUUCAUUCAGUACCAAAUGGUGAUAAUAAAGAAAAUCGCUCAGGAAAUACUGGUCUAGAACGUUCUUCCACUAAUAAUAAUAAUAAUAGUACCAAUAAUAACAACAAUAAUAAUAGUAAUAACAACAAUAACAAUAAUCCAACACUGCCAACACCUAGUCCUCUAAAUUCUUCAAGAAUGACAACUAGUGAGAAAACUGACACUAUCAUGGGUACACAGCAAAUAGUUUAUCAGUUCCUUUAUAAUAAUAAUAGUCGCCAACAAACAGAAGCUUGUGAAGAUUUACAUUGCCCUUGGUGCUCUUUAGACUGUGGAAAACUUUAUUCUCUUUUAAAGCACUUAAAAUUAUGUCAUUCGCGAUUUACAUUUACGUAUGUGCCAAUUCCACAAGGUGCUCGCAUAGAUGUAGCAAUAAACGAAUGUUAUGAUGGCUCAUAUGCUGGUAGCCCUCAUGAAUUAAUUACACAGCCAUCUAGCAUAGCAUUUUCAAGAACAGGACCGACGAGACGUACAAGUGUAACAAAUAUUUUAGUAUGUCGCCCAAAAAGAACUAAGCCAAGUCUUUCUGAAUUUUUAGAGCUUGAUGAAAAUGAAUAUGAAAGCCAAAGACCUUAUAUUACAGGACAUAAUAGGUUGUAUCACCAUACUGUUACGUGCUUACCCAUAUAUCCAAAAGAAAUGGAUAUUGAUUCUGAAGGAGAAAAUGAUCCAAAAUGGUUACAAACAAAAACAAUGAUGAUGAUUGAUGACUUUACAGAUGUGAAUGAAGGAGAAAAAGAACUUAUGAAAAUGUGGAAUUUACAUGUCAUGAAAUAUGGCUAUGUAGGAGAUUGCCAAAUACCACUGGCUUGCCAAAUGUUUCUAGAAACUAAAGGAAAGGAAUUGCUCAUGAAAAAUUUAUAUCGUAAUUUUGUUUUACAUAUGUGUAGUUUGUUUGAUUUUGGUCUAAUUAGUCCUGUAGUUUUAUAUCAAACUAUUCAAAAAUUACAAGAAAUUAUGAAAGAAGGAGGCGAGGAUAGCGAUAUUCGAAAAGUUUUACAAAAGUCCCAUGAAGCUCAAGUUGAAAAAUGGCUUAGUUCAGGUUGUCAUGCAUCUUUAGAUGCUAAUAAACAAAAUAGUACAAGUACUAAAAUAAAUUUUAAUAGCGAUGGAUCAAAUUCUAAUGCAAGACGGAAAACUUCUUUACCACUUAGUUCACCAAAUUCACAAUCUGUAAAAACGACAGCAUCCAUCCACAAUAAUGUUAGCAAAUAUGCUAAUAUGAUGACUACAUCGUCAAACAAGACUGUAAAUGGAAGUAGUUAUUAAUAACCGUUAUACAUACGUUAAUCUGCUAAUUGUACGUUUUUGUACAGUAUUUGUUGCAAAGGAUGUAAUUGCGAUUAGAAUAAUUGACAUUAUAGCUACUUGAUAAUCAUUGCUCUAACUACUAGAUCAAUUUUCUAUAAAUUUGAAAGUUUUAAAUGUAAAAGUGAAACAAAAGACAAACUUUCAGAUAAAUAUAGUGUGAAUAAUUCAUAUAGUUCUAAUUGAAAUUCUGGAAAACAAUUAAAUAUGAAGAAAAAAUUUAUUUUGAAUAUACGUAAUCGAGAACCUUAUUUCGUAAAAAAAAGAUAUAAUGUACCCGUACUUUCUUGGUCUAGUCAAUGAUGCCUUUUAUGUAUCUAACUUUCUGAACUUUUUAUUUGCUUAGUAAUAUGUGAAAAUUAUAUUGCCUUACAUACUUUUGAUUUUUAUAAUUUGAAGAACACAAUAUUUUAAUAUCAAAACUGGAAAAGUGACAAAUUAAAAUUAUUAAACGUAAUAUAUGUUACAUUUAAAUAUAACUAUCAUUUUGGAAAUCAAGGUCACUGGAUAAAUCUUGUAUAUUCAUGAUCGGGGAUGAUAGACUAUUCUUUUAUAUGAUAAAACAGUUGUACCUCCUAUGGAAUGUUAAUUUAAAUCAUAAUCUUAUAGAUUGAUACGGAUAAAUUUAAUAUCUGAAGAUAAUAUGAAGUUAAAAAACUAGUACAUAAUCUAUUAAAAGAUGGGACCUUGGUACAAUUACUUCAGAUAUUUCUUGUAAACUGAGGCUGUAAAUUAUAAGUUUUACCCCAAAGUAAGGAAUAAACUGUUAUAAAAAAGUGCCUUUGUAAAGCGGGAGAAUCUGAAAAUGAGAGUGACUGUCGCUAAUAUAUGACUUUUUGCAUUGAGUAUUUAUACUCAUUUUAAUAUGUUGAAUGUUUGUAUGUUUUUAUUUAGUAAAGUUUUUUGCCGAUUGUCGUUCUUUCAGAUAAAUUUAUGAAUGAAAUUUAGUAUGUUACAAUGAAUUUAUUCUCCGUGUAAUAUACACAACUUUACUGCCGAUGAUCGUUCGAAGAAGCAUUUACACAUUCCCGUACGUAAUACGUGACGUUUCUUUAUAACGUAACUAAGUGAAAUCUUGUUUAACUUUUUAACAAGUAUUGAUUUCUAGGAAAUCUGUUCUCUUCGAACGACUUUGAUCACUGUCCAUUAAUAUUACUACUUAUGCUAGGUUGUAAAUAAAAAAAUACAAUAAAUUUAGAAACAUUAUAA